AUGGCAUACUCACCUGCGGAAUAUGCCAUAUACCGCAGACACCUCACUUCAUUCCGGUCAGAUUUCAAGUCGUGUAAGGUUCGCUUAGGAGCAAGUUUAACAACAAAUUUCGAAGAUGUCAACACCAAGCGAGGCGAGAACGUAAAACUUAAAAGAGAAAAAGACGACGAUAGAACCCAGAGUAGAAACAACAUUUCACAACCAAGUGAAUUGCAUACACGCAAAGACUCGGAACCAAUCGCUGGCAGGCGUCCCCUGCUAACAACAUUUACUGGAAAUAAUCGACAAAUGCUACAGGAUAUACGAGAUAAUUUAUCACAUAUCAGGAAAAACCAACAACUACAACAACAAGGAGAGGGGGGUAAAACGGAACCAAUGCAGAUCAAGCCAGACCUGAUUCAGAAUGCAACAAAUGCUAACACAAAUGCGAAAAUGUCGCGUUUGGGAUAUAAUCAGUUUGCUUUAGCAAAAAUUCGAGAUAGUUUACAGCCGUAUCAGAAUGGUUUGGAGGGUGGAGAGAAUGUCCUGGUGGACAAGUUAAUGCUUCAUCAGAUCAUUGCCAUGGGAUAUGAUGAGGAACAUGCUACAUGGGCGUUGAAGCAUACCGGGAGUAAGAGUGUCGAGAGUGCAUUGGAUAUAAUUCGCAAGUAUUCCAUUCUGAACCAGGAGGCUAGGGCCAAGAAUGGCAUAUCAAAGAACACUUCACCAGCAGGUCUUGGUGGUUAUACAAAGGUUCAUCGAAAACCUAGUUUUGAAGAGAAGUAUCGUACUGGGAGUCCAGUUUCGGAUAAUACUAGUGUGCGCUCAGAUAGCCCAAGUGUGAGUUCAAUGCAGGGCCGCUUAGUUGAUCAGUCUGGUCAUUUUAUUGUGACAUCACAGGGCAGUGUCCCUAUAAUCGUAUCUCACUCACACAGUGGCUCUGGUGUGAGUUCAGCUAGUGAGCGUGCCACUCCUCCUCCCCCAUUACCACCCAGGGGGAGCCAGAUGCCUCCAACCCCUCCCAUGAGGGGACAGCAGCCUCCAAGCAAUAUUCAGCAAAUGAUGCGUCGUAAGUCCCCAGUGCCUCGUGACAAUCUACGCCCUCAGAGUGCAAGCUCUAGCGUGUCAAGUAACGGCCCUGUUACCCCACCCCGUGGGGUGUCUCCAAGUAUAGGAAGACCUUACCCCUUACUUAUGCAAAAUGGACGUAGUCAGCUCCCUGCUAGUGGAGCUUUGUCAGUUGAGAUUAUGAAGAAUGGCCCAGGAGCAACGAGCCUAUCAAGUAUGCCUGGACAUACUCCUAAGAUUACACUGAAGUUAUCUGGGCCUAAGAGCACCCCUGGAGGUCAGGGAGGUGGUGGGUAUCAACCCCAGCAUGUAAAUUCACAAGAGCAUUCUCAUUUAGUGACUCAGAUACCGGAUUAUCGGCUAGCAGGAGGAAGCUCUUUUAUGUAUGACUCUCCUUCAUCAGGGAGUAGUUCUCCUGGGAGUCAGAUGCAGGGAUUGUCUCUAGGGGGACCUCUUGCACAACUUGGCUCAUCCCCGAAUACAACUCAGCCCCAACCUGUCCCAUUGCAAGCCUGGAGUACAAAACAACCUCCCAUAGUUAUGCAAUCAGUGAAAAGUCGUGAGGUUCAGAAGCCUGUUUUACAAACAGCUACUGCACCACCUCCUGUAGUGAAGAGUAGCCAGGGGAAUACAGAGUCGAGUAGCUAUGUAUCGCAGGUUGAAACACAGAUCAAUAUGUCAAUGGCGGGACGUACAACUACUCAUCCUACACCCCAUACUCUAGCCCAUAUUAACACUGGUAACCCUGCAAUGCGCAAUGUGGAAAUUAAUAUCAGAAGUAACCCUAAUACUGGUCCUAAACCUGUUCAUAUGUAUCAUCCUCCUAUUCCCACUCAGCAGCAUCAAUUACAGCCCACGCAGAAUCCUAAUUCCAUACAAAUACAGUGGAGUAAUCCAUAUGCCCCAUCAUCCAUACAAAGUGUACAGAUCAGUAAUCUAGGUGGCGCUGGGGCUGCUGUGGGGCAGCCUCACACUGACCUGCAGUAUACUCCAGCUGACAGUCUCAAUAGUACACCCAGAUCUUCAUCACCCAGCAGCCGGGCUGUCAAUAACCAAUCACCCGUCUCAAUCACAUCCACAAUAUCGAGCUCGGCUCCAUCAACAAAUUCUGAUAUUCCUGAUAAACCUCCACCUCCCUACCCUGGCCCAAGGCAGCCAAUUGGUCAACAGCCACCCCCUCCAAGACCACCACGAGAGCCACAAAUUGGAAUAGAAACAGAAGUAGUGCAGCCAGUAGAAAAACAACGAUGUACUUCUCCAAUACCGGAGAGGUCAAAUAAAGCGAAACAAAAAACAUUAGAACAGAAUGAGAUGAAAGUGAAAACCUACUCCCCACAGGCAUAUAAGUUCUACAUUGAGCAGCAUGUAGAAAAUGUAUUGAAGUAUUACAAUCAACGAAUAACCCGACAAAGUCAACUGGAGAAAGAAAUGGCAAAAGUAGGAUUAUCAGAUGAAGCACAACAGCAAAUGAGAAGAAUGCUUCACCAAAAAGAGUCAAAUUAUAUAAGACUAAAACGUGCUAAAAUGGAGAAACAUCAUUUUACAAACAUCAAAACUCUAGGCAUUGGUGCUUUCGGAGAAGUAGCGCUAGUGCGGAAAAAGGACACUAGCCAUUUAUAUGCAAUGAAAACUUUAAGAAAAUCUGACGUUUUGCGGAGAAAUCAAGUUGCGCACGUUAAAGCAGAGCGUGAUAUUCUAGCUGAAGCAGACAAUGAGUGGGUAGUUAAACUGUACUACUCAUUCCAAGACAAAGACAAUUUAUAUUUCGUCAUGGAUUACAUCCCAGGUGGCGACAUGAUGAGUUUACUCAUUAAGUUCGGCAUAUUUGAAGAACCUGUAGCACAGUUCUACAUUGCUGAACUAGUCGUAGCUAUUGAAAGUGUACAUCGGAUAGGCUUCACUCAUAGGGAUGUGAAGCCUGACAAUAUUUUGAUCGAUCGAGAUGGACAUAUCAAACUCACUGAUUUCGGAUUAUGUACAGGGUUCAGAUGGACCCAUAACUCAAAAUAUUAUCAAAAAGCAAAUCAUGCUAGACAGGACUCCAUGGAACCAUGUGAAGACUGGGGAGAUACCUGUAAUUGCGGUGUUGAACACCGGGAACUUCUCAAACCUUUAGAGCGACGUAAACGGAGGGAUCACCAACGGUGCCUGGCACACUCUCUCGUAGGAACACCUAACUAUAUUGCCCCUGAAGUGCUUAGGAGACUUGGACGCGAAGGGUAUUCCAAGUGCUGUGAUUGGUGGAGUGUUGGGGUAAUACUUUACGAGAUGUUAGUCGGGCAGCCACCGUUUAUGGCCAAUACGCCACAAGAAACACAAAAUAAGGUUAUUAACUGGCACCAAUAUCUGCAUAUACCAGAACAAGCGCAGCUCUCUGAACCUGCGGCAGACCUUAUAAGGCAGCUCUGUUGCGACCAUGACACUCGGCUUGGCCGUGAAGGAGCAGAGGAAGUCAAAGCACAUCCUUUCUUUGCCGGAAUCACUUUUGAAGGCUUGAGAAAACAACCGGCACUCUACAAACCAAAAAUAAAAUAUGACACUGAUACCUCCAACUUUGACCCCAUUGAUAGCGAUGAAUCUCGAACGAACGAUAAUCGUGACUUGACCUAUGAAAAUGGAAAACACCCCGAACAUGCAUUUUUUGAGUUCACAUUUAGACGAUUUUUUGACGAUGGGGGUCAUCCAUACCCUGUCCCUAAGAUUGGUGUUAAUUCCCCACCCCCUACACAGGAUGUCACGGAGGAAACGGAGGAUGGUGACCCAGAGGACUCGUCCCCUGUCUACGUAUAGCAUAACCUGAGGGAGAUGGAUAUAAGGAUUCCAUGUUUCUUCUGGAAAAUCAGCCUUCAAAAUACAGUCAAUUGACACUCCUUGAAACUUUUCAUAAAUGUUCAAUUUCAGUGUCUCUUCAGUGUUUCAAGAAAAUUCUCAAAUCCAAAUUACAGAUUAUCUUAGAUUGAAUCAAAAGAAACAUAGAAUCCUUUUAAGGUGACAAGUGCAGUUGGGAAUGAAUAAGUGCAGUUUUGUUGAAAAUGAUAUGAUUCAUAAAAUGCUUUUACUAUGUACAGAAACACCUCUUAACUGAAUGAACAACUAAAUGUGUUUUCUGUAUUGUUAAAUUAUAUAUUACCAGUUUGGUCAACUAAAUGAUGCCAGAAAUAACAUUAAUUCUGCAUUUUAAUUAAAAAUACUCAGAACUUUGAAUAUAAUGUUUAUGUUAAGGUAACCAGCUGGUUGUAAUUUAUGCUUCCAUGGCAAGCAAAAAAACAGACCAGCUGUAGACCUGAAUUUAUUUUAAAACUGAACCACCCUGGUGGUUGUGGAUGAAAAUAUUUGUAUAUUAGUAUCAUAGAUGGCGCUAUGUAUAACUUACGGGAUAUUGGAAAUGUGUAAAAAUCUGAUUCUGUACAGUACAGUAAUAUUGUUACACUGUACAUAAUGUUGUCAGAUUUUGUGAAAACAACCAUGAAAUGGUUGGAAAAUCGUGGACAUUUUUUCAAUGAACUCUGAAUAGAGAACUUUGUUAAACGUCAGAGGCCACAUAUUGUUCAUGGUCCAAAUAAGGAAAUAUUUUUGAAAUCCUAAUUUGGAUUUAAAAUAUUCAAGGAGAGAGUGUAUAAUUAUCUUGCAAUGCUUUUUGCUUUAUCCAAAAGUAGACAGUGUACAAGAAAUAUUGUAUGAUACUUUAAAGCCUGGACUUAAGUCCUUAAUGAAGUGAAACAUGUUAUUUUUGCAUACAUUUGUUUCCAUUAUUCCUUAAACCAUAUUCAAUAGUUGUAACUGCUAUUUCAUACCAACAAAUAAUAUUACUUUUUCAUAAAUGCCCCCACCUUGAAGCAUAUUUGCGUAUUGUUUAUAUUAAAUAUGUCUGAAAUGUUUCGGAAAUUUAUGAGAAAACAGAUGUUAGCAAAAAUAAAUCUUUCACUCAGUCUUGAUAUUUAUUGUGUAGUAAAUCGGUGUAGUGAACAAUGUUGUGAUAUUCUGUUACAGUAGAAUCCCUUUGUGAAAACGUGAUGAAUGUUGUCAUUUUCUCCUUAACUUGAAAUAGAUGACGCUUUUUGUAAAUAGAAAUUAUAUUACCGCAUAAUUCAGUGAAUUAGUGCAAUCUUUCAAAGAAAGGUUAUAUCAUUCAUUCAUACCUUGACAUCUUUCAGGUUUUUGAAUUUUUGCGAUUUUCAACAGACAUUAAAGUAUGUCGAAUUUGACACAUAUCAGAAUUUAUUAUUUCUACAAAAUCAACUUUGAUUUUUACAACAUGUUUACUGUUUACCAGUAACUGAAAGUGUUUUAUUACAAUUAUGUUUACACUUGAGAUUUUAUUGCUGGUAAUUAUAUUUUGGGAAUAUCAACUUAACCCUUAUACGAAUAAUGUGACAAGUGAAUUUUAUUCAAAACAAAAAUGCAGUUAACAAGUACACACCAUAUUUUGAGCAGUUUUCCACAAUGUGGACCAUAUGGUCUAUUAAGUUAUUAACUUAUUUCUUUAGGUUUAGACCAUGGGCUGGAUCAAGGAUUAUAUCGUCAGCAUUUAAGUUCAUAGUCUUGCAUCCAUCAUACAGUAUCAUCUUUUAACCAAUAACCUAGUAUUCUCAGGUUCAGUUAUUUAUGAAAAUAUCAAAAUUAAAAGCCUAAAAUCAAAGUUCAACUUGGACUAUGUAGAUCACUGAACAACAUGUACUGCAUUUUUCUUGAUUACUCUUUCUUCUGAGAUACUUGGUGGUAGUUUAAAUGUUUAAUAAUGCCCUUUAGGAGAGGGCUUUAUGUUAUUGCCCCAUAGGAGGGCUUUAUGCUGGCAGAAAAAAGCAAUACAUUAUAAUAAAAUAUUUUGCAUAUGAGCUAACAAAUAA